AGGGAACUAAAAACCCAUUCAUCAAAAACGAAAAGUACUAGUGUCUGCCACUCCGCCGUUUGCAGGUGGACCCCGCCUGGUAAACAACGUGGGUGUGCCUACUGCUUUUCUCGACAUUCUGAUCCUCUAUACCUCCUGUAACUGCCUUCUAUACUUUCUGUCCAACCAAUCAUAAAUGAGAAUGAAGCUGCUACCAUACUUCUUUCUCCACCGAGGCUUAUUGCCGCUCCUCGUCGUCAACCUUGCGUACGCUAGCGGCCAUGCGACCUCCGUGUACGGAGCGCAAGGUGUACUCACGACAGAACAUCAGAAGCAUCAUGUCAUCGCCGGUACAGCGGAAAAAAGAAGCAUGCUUUCGAUCUCGUCAAAGAACAUGAUCGAAUUUACUGCAAAAAGAACUACGAAAAGAGAAAAGAAGACCCACAAAAGGCAUAGGGGACCCGGCAGUUCGCGCUAUAAGGUAACGCAGGAGGAGGCUCUUCGUGCAGUGCCGCAUCACGUUCGAGGACUAGUCACGCAAGCUUUGGUAGAGUCCUCGCAGGCAAAGGCCACGUCCGCAGCCGAGCAAAUCAAUGCGCUUUACGAUAAGCAUCAACGGGCGCUCGAUCUGCGGGAUGUGCAGUGCAGAGAUGAGAAGGCUAUCGCUGAUGUCAAACUCUUCGAGCAGAAGGAGACAGCGGAGGCAGCGGAACAAGCGCUUUCGGCAGCAAUCGUGCAAAAGGACGCUGAUUACCAGCAAAUGGAAGACCUACAAGUUGCAUUGAGCUAUGGUCAACAAAAUGUAGAGAUUUGUUGAGUAAGCGCAGAUAAAAUCUUCUCAACAUGAUACCUCGAUACACGUUUUCACAACUUUUCGGAUCUAAGAUGGAAAGGACGACUGGCAUUCUCAUUCUAUCUUAAAACUUGCAAUUUUCGAAUAAGCGUUUCGCUACUUUCAGUGUCAGUUGUCUAUUCAAACGUUGUGCCUCGUCUAAUGAUAGCUUCAGGGUGCUCGACAGGCAACUAGGGAGAAGCUGUGCACUUCAAACCGAGGACGAGCUGAGGCCGAGAUUGGUGUUUUGGGUAAGGACGAAACGCUGGCAGCCGAACUUGUUGAGAAAGUAAUUCAGAAAGGAAUGUGCGAGAAAGGAGGUACUAACUGCUAACAGAAUGAAUGUUGAAUCCGAAUCCGUAAUGAACGUACUCCGAGUAUUGACUGUCGACACAUCAAAUAUCAUGUUGAAGACCAAUGACAUUUGGUACGAGUAGGGCUAUGCCGUGUAGUAAAUCAGGAAUUAUGAGAAAGACCAUCUUCAGGAGCUUUAGUAGAAGCAUCCAAUUUUCCACCAGCUCAGGCUUACCUUGAUCUUUGCAAUCUUACGAAAAUUUCUACUCCCUCAAUUUCAGCGACAACGAAGUCUCCUGAGUUGAAGGAGUGCACGCUUCCAGACGGUACGUUGUUCUUCACGUUUGCUGACAGCGCACUGCGAGAUUUAGUCACCUCGAUGAGUGGCGUCACUGAAAAGUUGGUGUCGUUGAAUCUGUUGCGCUCAAUGUAUGGCCAGAAGAGUAUCGAAGCGGGCUCGGCGCUCCUGCAGGAAGAUACCUACGAAACGGUUUCUGCUGCAAACGAUGACAAGCAUUUACUCCUGCGCGACAAACACAAGAUGCGCCUCCUGACGAGGAACGUGGCUUCAUCACUGAAGAGCAAUCGCAGGCGAGGCAGCGGACGUCGACGUGGGAACAAGCAUGAUCCUAGUAGAAGACGGAAGAAGGAACAUCAUGUGAGGUCAAAACUUCAUCAAGAUUUCGAUGCCAUGGCACAACCACAACGACAAACCUCGUUUCUCCAACUGUUGGAAGGUGCCUCGAACAGCAGUAAUGCAACUUCAAAUGUUACUUCCGUGGCGAAAAAUGCAACCUUGUCGGACUUGAAUGCGGAAGAGCAAUGCAGUACGCCAAAAGCGCCUUUGAGUUGCGAGACCUUCGUAGAUUUGAUGGGCACUUUCAAGCAUUCAGUGACGGACGCCAAGCUAGAACUGCAAGAACGAGCAGCGAUUGCAGAUCGAGAAUGCAGUGUAUGGCUGGUCAAGUGGAUAAGAAAUUGAUUGAUUCAUGCAAUGGAAGUAGGAAUUUACUGGCAUAUGAUUGCUACACUCGAUGUUCGUGCACUUGAGUAUUCAUUCGUUCAUCUUUGCCCCCCUCGCUCGUUCAGAUCUAGCAGAGUUAUGGUAUGCAAAGAACUUGAAGAGCCAGGUGCUUCUGGUAACUUCAUAGACCACUCUUUCUUAUAUCCGGACGACCGCGACCGGGGGACGGCGCUGUCAGAUCAGCAACGUGGAGUGCUUGCGGACCUGCAGUCGAGAAUGACCGCCCAACUAGAGCGUGAAGCUGCAUUGCGGGAACGUGCGACUCAGGAGCGGAAGAAAUACGCGGCUUACCUGGCUGACGCUGAGGCCAGUCGCACUGAUUGUUAUGGUUUGUUCUACGUAGUGUAAAAAGUGUUGUGAUACUAGUACUACUGGUCCGAGUGAACUACGACGCCGUUUGAAUCUAGAUAUGCUCCUCUAACAAAUAUAAAUGAUCUUCUAUGUACAAGAAUCUUGUUCCGAAUUCGAGAUUCUCCUUUCUAAAAUUGCACAAAUCAGUUAGAGCUAGAACGGAAAUCCAUGGACGCGCUACGCAGUAUCCGCGUGACGCUGCCGAACGUGACUGCUGUGCCAUUCAUGGGCGACUGCGAGUUGACCGAUUGGGUAGAGGGCCCGUGUUCAGUUCAGUGUGGAGCGACCGUUAGGGUGUGACGUCGUAAAAGAAAACAGAUUCGACGAGUUCAUCGCCGAAAAACUUUUGUCGAGAAAUGCGAUUCUUUCAUUCAUCGUCCUCCUCAUCUUCUAACCCCUGCGGUGUUCAGAACUGGACUCGAGAGGUUGUGACGAUUGCGAAAAGCCGUGAUUGGUUUGCUUCUGAAAAUUUCGUCGGUACUGGGAGCGCUGGAAGCAAGGCGUCUACAACUUCCAGUGAGAGUACUGGCAUUAUGAGUUGAGUUCUGGUCUUCACCGUGCUUGUUAUCUACAGAGACACCUAAGUAAUCUUAAUUCUGUUGUUUAAGCUCCUUCUACUUACGACAUAGUUGUGGUUGUUAUUACUUUCUUUCCACCACCACAGCCACGACGCCUCUUUCAAGUACUACCAGUCUAAACCUGUUUCGUACUUUCACCUCUAAUGCAAGUGGUCACGCCACUUCAUCGACAAAGACCAGCGCUUACUCCUUUUGCCCACCCUUGCAUCUUCAGCGUGCUUGCGGGCGCCAAGCGUGUCCUAAAGACUGUAAAAUGAGUAAGUGGACCAAGUGGUCCGAUUGCACUCAGCAGUGUGGCUCUGGCGUGCGUAGUCGUACACGGAAUGUGCUGGAGCUAUGACAAAUAUGAUGAGUAUCUCGAUUAACUUAUUUAUAAUCAAGCUGCUUGUCUCAGUCUCUUCUUUUUCAACCCCCCCAACUGAAUUUUUUGAAGAAAUGGAUUUCCAUCUACUCUGUUCACUUUUCCAUCCCUCCCGGUCCCGCAUGAAAGAGAAAAAUUUGAGAUGUAAUUGAUUUUAUGUGCAUGUGCUAGUGCAACUGACUCAGCCUGUUCGUCUUCUAACCGCCGAUGCUGAGAACGGAGGUCGCCCGUGCGGAGCCGUAGUGGAGGAAGAGAUGUGCAACACUCACGCGUGCGAUCUCGAUUGUCAGUUAUCUGAAUGGUCAGCCUGGAGUGGGUGCAGCAAGGUUUGCCGGGGAGGGCACCAAUCUCGAGAGCGCGCGACCGUGCUCGUGAAGGAGGUGGGACAGGGCACCUGCCCUAAGAGAAAUUCAGCCAUGCGAUUGGAGUCACGGGAGUGUAAUACCUAUGAGCGUCGAGUCGUAGGACCUCCGCAUCCACAUUUUUAACAUCAACACGCUUUGAUUGAUCAUUAGAACAAGUCCGGUCCUGGUCCAGCUUCAGGCCUCUAAUUUCCGCAACCGGAGUGUGUGAAGGACAGCCCUGUACCAAAGUGUGGAGAAAGCCUGGAUGUUCUCUUCCUGUUGGAUGCGAGCGGUUCGAUGGGUGCACCAGGCUUCGCCGACGCGCAGACUUUCGUCAUAACCCUCACUAGCAGACUGAAGAUGCUACAAGAAGGAACAGCUGGAUCGCGAGUGGGAGUCAUAUCUUUUGGCUCCUCAGCUAAGCGAGAAACAACGUCAACGUCUGCGAUGUCAGAUACCUCAAUUAAGGCUUCCCCUGUAAGUGUAAGUAAUCCAUCUUCAAAAGGAUCCUAGAGACGUUUCCAAGGGCGAAGCGCUCUCAGGAGGGACCUCGAGUUGGAUCGAUUAGGGUGAACUCUAACUCAACAGGGAACGCAGGCGGUGUCUUCGUCAACACUGUUGAAUCACUGACAAGCGCUGUUCAAGCAGCAGUGUGGCAGCGAGGGGGCACAAAUCUGGCAGAAGCCGUGGCUUUCGCAAAGUUACGACGAAAGUUCGAGUAGAGAGAGAAGUCAGAAGCACUUAAUAUCAGAAGACGAGUGAAUAUUUUUUUUGAAUCUUGUUUCUUCUAAGAACCGCAGACUUGGGUGGUUCUGACGGCGGCUGUUCGUCCGAAUUUUGCCGAUCGCGACGUUCUCAGGUCCUGCCCAAUGUUGUGAUCGUCACCGAUGGGAUGCCCGAGAGCAAGUAUCUUCUCAGUAGCGAGAUCGCAAAAUUGCAGCGGUUUGCGCGAAUCUCUUGGGUAACCAUCGGAACUGCAGUCAACGGCAAGAUUAUCCGGCAAAAGUGGACCACGUUCCCGGCUUCGGAAAACUACAUCAACGUGCCCGACACGGAAAGUCUUAAAAAGCCGGAAAUCGUCACAGAUGUCCUGGCGAAUUUGUGCAGCGCUAUGGAGUGAGUGGUCAAAGCGCUUGAUGUUCAAAAGGAUUUUGAUUUAUAAGUACUUGUUUUUUCCCUCUACUUGCAUCGUCUGUGAAUUCAACGCGGCAGCAAAAUUGAUUGUCGCUCGGACAACUCGAUCUAGUCGUGGGCACGAGAACGGGAUUGCGAUUCAUUGAAUUUGGAGAUUGCAUCUAAAAUAUCCGUACAAUGCAAUAACUUUUUUUCCCUGUUGUACACAGUAUUUGCUCAACAUUGAUUCGUCCUAUGACUUCUCUCGUUAGCGCGUCGUGUGCGUCGUUUCGAGCCUACUUGUGAGCUGCACGCAAGGCUUUCGUGCUCACCUUUUUCUGACCUGCAUGAGACGCGACCCGCCUCCCUGAUGCAUGCCGAAGCCGGUGAAUUUCCUAGAAAGAAGCAGUUUUCGUCGUAUACGUAUUCGAUAGAGGAUGAAGAUGAUUUUUGAAGCUUGCAACCCAAGGACGACC